AUGGUGGAAGAAGAACCAAGAGCUUAUCUAAGCGUCAGGCUCAUCUUGGCUCGAGAUAUCGACGGAGCCACAAUGAAUCUCAAUGGCUACAGAAGGAGAUAUCAGGCCAUCCUGUGGGUAUGUCCUGGAGACGAAUAUAUUACAGAUAUUGCAUUUGGGUUACCCAAUCCCUGUUGGAAUUGCACUAGUCAAUUUUCUAUAGGGAUUUAUGAACCCUAUUUUUUGCAUGUCGAGGUAUAUAGAAUUGGCUCCAAAUUGGAUCCUGGAACUUCCAAUGGCAUUGUUUUGGUUGGAAAAACUCGAAUUCCUGUGCCUAAACUUGAUCAUAAAAUCUGUGGCAGCUAUGUACUUGUUAGACCAAACUAUGAUGCCGCCUCAGGCUCAGGGUGUAUAGCUGAAGGACAAGUUGUUAUCGGCAUGGAAACCGGAAGACUGUGA